UCUGGCUCCGCUCUCAGGACUUUGUUUGAGGAGAGAGGCAUUAGGCAACAGUCUGUUUUCAGUCUCUGAUAAGGUAGGACAGCCAUGGAUUAAGUAAGAGCGAGGAAUUCAACCCGAGGUCAGAUCCCCAUUUCACACACACACAAACCCAGUGAAAGGAACCAAUUAAGUUCUUGCCUAGCAACAGAGAAUUCUGACUAUAUGUUCGUCAUGUCUGUGAUUAACUUUGUUUAUCCAAUCUUCAUCAGGUGAUGCAACAAUGGCCUUGAGAACAGCAGGAAGUGUGUUUGUGGUCUUUCUCUUGUCAGUGGCAGUCCCCUUUCAUUCAGACCUGCAGGUGAAGGUGUCUUCCUCCACAGAGGAAAAGAAGAGAACACUGACCUGUAGCACCACCUGUCUUCUGACCGACAACCCCAAACCCACCUACAUCUGGUUCAAGAACGGACAACAUCUCCAUGACCCUACUUCCCAACAAUACUCUUUGAACACUCUAGUGGUCUGGCGUUACUCUGCAGACAGUUACUCCUGUACUGUAAAAAGCCAUGAGGAUUUUCUCGCUCCUACAGUGUGUGUUCAUGGUCAGAGAUGUAUGAAUGUGACUUACACCCAUCAGAGUAUCUGUGCCUUGAAGGGGUCAACAGUGGACAUUACCUGUACAUAUAGACAUCCCAGCUGGCAUAACGUCACAGAAGUAUCCUGGUUCAACAAAUGGGAUUCUGGAGUUACUGCAGAUCUAAGCCAGGACCCAGAGUAUGCAGGUCGUGUGAAGUACCUUCCAACUACAGACAAACACUCCACCCUGAGAAUCACAGACCUGAGAGAGAGUGACUCUGCUGAAUACAAGUUUAGAUUUACAACAACUGAGGUAAAAUGGGGAUACAGCUUCCCUGGAAUAACUCUGAAUGUCACAGACUUGCAGGUGAAGGAGACUCCUGCCACAGAGGAAGGGAAGGUGACACUGACCUGUAGCACCACCUGUAUGCUAACUGACAACUCCAACCCCACCUACAUCUGGUACAAGAACAGACAACGUCUCACCAACACAAACACACAAGAUAACUACCUCUCCCUAGACCAAAUCAGCAGUGAGGAUGCAGGCAGCUACUCCUGUGCUGUAAAAGGCUACGAGAAUCUCCGUUCUCCUGUUACAUUUGUUGGGGAACCAAAGUCUUUGAAGAAUCCAGUUGUAGGAAUCAUAGUGGUUUUUCUGUUUCUCAUCAUCUGUCUCUUUGGGUUCAUGUGGUUCAGGAUGAAGGACUCCAAAUCCAUAUUUGACACACAAGACAGGAGAGACACAGUAGAGAAUGGACAGAGAGACUCUAAUCCAGUGUAUGACAACAUCUCAGGCAUGGCCAUGGCCCCUACUGCAGCACAGAGACCGUUCACAGACGAGCAGGAUGACGUUACCUACGCCAGCAUCCAACACAGAAACCAGGAAGUGCCUCUGUACUCCACCGUCCCACCUUCCCAUCCCCAGAAACAGGACCAGGAUUUCCAAUACGCUACUGUGAAAUUCAACAGCCCCAGUGCUGCUCAAUAGACAUUGGGUUGGAUUCAAUCCAAUUAUGGAUUAUAGGCAUUGCAGCUUUUAAUGUAAUGCUUUUUUUUUUUUUUAUGCUUUUUGAAAAUGCUAUAUAAUUACUCAAUUAGAAUUACUUAGAUUUUGGCUUGAACUAUCCCUUUAAAUUUAAGUAUAUGCAAAACUGUGCAGUCCAUAUUCUAAUGUUCUAUUAUGGUGCAGUGAUGUAGGAGGGGGAAAAAAUUGUUCAUUUUUUACAUUAACUUCUUUGUUGUUGUAAUAUCCCAAACGGACAGUUUCAGCAUUAAGGGUUCCAGCUUUAAAUAACACAAUAUAACCAACUUUAUUCAUGAGGUGUCUCCUCCCGUUGCUCCCCUCCGGCGCUCUGAUUCGCCGGUCUACUGAGCCACCGGUCUGAGCGCACCACCUCGGCGUCAGCUCUGCAUCACCCUUCAGUCCCUCAGUACAUCUAGAUAGUGAACCACAGACCUCACACUCUUCUGUUUCACACAGCCAGUAAGGUCCCCUACCAAACCUCUCUCUCUUCACCAGGUAAGUACACUUGAUAAGACAUUAUACCUCACCAUUCUAGUUUUUAUUGGGGAUUUCUUCUGCAGAACACAUGCUUGAAUGUGAAUGGUAUUGUAAAAUGUACUGGAGUGUGGUUUCAUAUAUUUUGUUUUGUUUAGCAUUGUUUUUUAAACACUUUAUUUUUGUAAUGUUUAUUUGUAUUGUGUAGAGGAGACCAGGAUAUGUUGUUGCCCUGUGUCCCAACACUCAAUGUUAUAGUCAUGGU